CAGGUUCUUGUAAACGUUGGAGCUAAAUUCACACCGUGCAUGCGAUCAUUACCGGAAUACAGUCUGUCAAGUACAUUUGCGAGCUGUUUUAGACCAGAUGCAACAUGUACCCUCGAAACAGCAUGUGGGUUUGGAGGAUUUGGAGGAGAAACACCCAAUCAAACCUUUCGUUUCUUUACCCCCAUCUUCCUACAUGCUGGUGUCAUACAUUAUCUUAUUAAUAUGCUCACUCAUCUCAGACUUGGAGCUGAUCUUGAGCGUGCACUUGGAAUUCCUCGCUAUGCUGCCUUGUACUUUGCUUCAGGUAUCUGGGGCGUUGUUCUGAGUUCAAUGUUGGCACCGAGCACUUCUGCUUCCAUGGGAUGUUCAGGAGCACUAUUUGGUCUAAUUGGUUAUAUGUUUAUCGAUGUUAUUGUCAACUGGAAGAACAUAAAGUCGCCUGUGCGCGAAUUGAUGAGUUUAUUGAUUUCAACAAUCAUUUCCCUUGUCCUUGGUUUAUUACCUGGACUUGACAACUUUGCACACAUGGGUGGAUUUGCGGUGGGUAUUGUGAUGGGUGUAUUGAUUUCACCCAUGCGAACCAAUGCCAGCAAGAGUUUCCGGAUCGGUACCUGGAUUGCCCGCGUUGUUGCCUUUGUUUUGCUGAUAAUUAUGUUCGUUGUUACUAUUAAAGCCUUUUAUUCUUCCGAGGACCCAAGCAAGAUUUGCCCCAAUUGUAAAUAUCUUUCUUGCUUGCCUGUCAGCAACUGGUGUGAUUUGUAA